AUGACGGCUCAAAAAGAUUCUUAUGGAAUGACUGAGGAAGCUCAUGAGGAAACUACGACUCCACUGAGCCCGGAACUCUAUGAUAAGGUGAACAAGGGCGACAAUCAUUGUUGCUGCAGAUGUCCAAUGAACAAUCUCAACAAAAGGAAUGUUGACGUAAAUUACAAUCAUGUCGUUGGCUUGGGAUUCCUAAAGGAGUUAUUCCCGCUGUAG